GACAAAGGGGAGAGAGAGAGAGAGAGAGAGAGGAAGAAGAAGAAAAACCCAAACCUGGUUUUCUUCCACACCGAAAAAAAAACCCUCUUCCAAUUCCUUCUUUCUCAUCCCAUCCUCUAUUCCAUGGCUCUCCGCCGUGGGAUGUUGCUAGCUUCUCGAUUACUGUUACCAAAAGACGACUGUGAUCCUGAUGACUGUAUUUUUCGCCAAACUCCUCCUUUUAAUCCUCCACCACCACCAUCAUCACUACAUAAAUCAUCAAACCAUCACAUCUCUUUGGUGUUAAUCGUCGUUUCAAUCUUUUCGACUGCUUUUCUCUUUGUAACCUACUACACCAUAAUCAAAAGGUAUUGCCGGCGUCGGAUCGUCGCGGCAGGGCCCACCCAAGUCCAAAUCGACACCACCCAUCAUGAAGAUCAUGAUGAAAGCCAGAACCCCAUCAAUUACAUAUGGUAUGUUAACACCGUCGGUCUCGAUGAAUCAGUUAUCAACUCCAUCGCCGUCUGCAAGUACAAGAGAGGCGACGGUCUGGUCGAAGGGACCGAGUGCUCCGUCUGUCUCAGUGAAUUCCAUGAGGAUGAGAAUCUCCGUCUUCUGCCCAAGUGCAACCAUGCCUUCCAUCUCCCCUGCAUCGAUACCUGGUUGAAAUCCCACGUCAACUGCCCGUUGUGCCGGGCCAAUGUGGUGUCCGGUCAGCCUUCAUCAGCGGGCCCCAGUUUGAAUCCUUCGGAUGUCGCCGGCGAGACCCAAGUGGAGAAUUCUCGGAGAAUUACUGACCAGACUGAUGGAUUCGUGAGCGCCAGCAGCUUUCUACGGGCGGAAGAAGCUGAAUUGGAGAGCGGUGAUGGAAGAGGGGAUAUCGAGUCUGCCAAUGGCGUGCCUUCUCAUACGAAUUGCAGGGCGCAGAGUGAUCUGGCCGACAAUCACCGUUUGGGGGACAGUGGGAUUGAGAUGCCGGACGAUGGGAUACAGCCACUUCGUAGAUCGGUUUCAAUGGAUUCAUCAUCUGCUGCAAUGAUAUGUAUGUCAUUUGCGAAUCUCCUGCCAGUAGAUUCCAAUGGAAGCUCAUCAUCUAUGGCCAUCAAGCCGUCGGGGAUGAAGAGGAUUGUUCCCAAGCAUGGUCGCAGUCAGAGUUUCUUCAAAUUGAUGGGCAAUUGUUCGAAAGCGCCUUUUCUGCAGAUGGGGCCGGUUGCCAUGAAGAGAUCCUUCUCAGCUGGUGGAAAGUUCUUAUUGUCCAGAUAUGGCGGAAGCAGGAAAGCGGCUCUUCCCUUGUGAUCGACUCUGGUUUCUCAUCUUUUCCUAUCCAUAGCUUUCAACAUGAUGUCUGCAAAUUGGAUAUCUUUGGUGCUCUCAAAAUCGAAAGCAACUCAUUUCUUUUUCUGCUUCAUCCAAUAAUGUAAGUCGUAAACCCGCAGAAUUCUUGGAUGAAAUUGAAAAGGAAAUCUGUAAUCGCAUCUGGGAAUGAAUGCCUAUCAAUAAAGGUAAAAUCUGUAGAAUGUACUUCUUAUCUAUCAAUUUUUGUUUUUGAGUUCGAAAGUAGAACUCUGAGAUUCACAGACCAAUGCAAAUUUGGUUUGUUGAUAUGGAAAUGAACAUACGUGAUAUUGUUGUUAAAACUAGUUUAUACAUAUGAUCUGAUCAGAAUGGUGAUAUCUUGCUUUACAGAA